AUGGGUGCUAAUGGAAGCAGGGAUAUCCACGGUUACAGAAUUGUAGGCUCUCUGGGCACGGGUUCGUUUAGUGAUGUGUAUAAGGCAACGGAACUCUCUACAAAAGAUACAGUUGCAUUAAAGAGAAUUAAAGAAGAGGCCCUAGAUGUUUUAGAUUCUGUUUCGAUCGAGAUCAAAUCUCUGCAAAUCGCGGUUCAUAAGAAUGUUGUGAAGUACAUCAACAGCUUCACAGAUGAAAAUACACUUUAUAUUGUCUUGGAAUACUGUAAAUUUGGACCAAUAGACAGUUUCAUAAAAUCGAAAGAACCUGAUGAAGAGAAGAGAAUGGCUAAUAAGGUUUUUAAGUCAGAGGAUACGAAAAAAAAAAUAGAGAUACUCUACAUGGAGACGAUGGCUGGAACCUAUGCAUACAUGGCUCCAGAGGUACCAACAGGUCGUUACAAUGCCCAGGCGGAUAUUUUUAGUAUGGGAAUUUUAUUUUUUGGUAUAUUAAAUGACGAAUUAAAGGAAAAAGUAGAGAGGGAAUGA